AAAUACACUCCUCUCACCUGUCUCUUUUUCGCCCAAAUUUUCAACUCUCUCUCUCUCCAGCAAACCCUAACCCCACUCAUCUCCCUCUCGCGCACUCACAGUCGUUGCUGUCGCCUUCAAUUCACGACUUUCUGCUCCACCUUCUCUUUCUCUCUCUAUACAUACACACCACCUGUAUGUAUAUCCGUUAGGGUUUUUGGUCUUUUCACCUGGGCUCUCUUGUUCAAAUGUCCGCCAAUCCAAUAUCUCCACUAUCAGCAUCUGAUGCUGCUACUACUAAGGACUCUGAGGUGGAUUCCUCCUCUGCUACUACCUCCGUUGCAGUUCUCGAAGCUUCCAGGUCUCCUGAGAGGAAGGAGGAGUUUGCCGAAGAAGCGGUUGGAGCUGAGGGGGUGACUGAGACGGCGGAGAUGGCUGCCGCAGCAGUGGACGAUCUAAUGGAGGAGGAUCAUGUGGGUUCCUCGACGGUUUUUUGUAUCCGUCUUAAGCAACCCAGGUCGAAUUUGCUGCAUAAAAUGAGUGUGCCGGAGCUCUGUCGCAAUUUCAGUGCCAUCACGUGGUGUGGAAAGCUGAAUGCCAUAGCAUGUGCAUCUGAAACUUGUGCAAGAAUCCCUAGUUCAAAUGCAAACCCACCGUUUUGGAUCCCCAUACAUAUUGUGAUACCAGAGCGUCCAACUGAAUGUACAGUUUUUAAUGUUAUAGCAGAUUCUCCACGUGAUUCAGUUCAAUUUCUUGAAUGGUCUCCUACAUCUUGUCCUCGUGCUCUUCUUGUUGCUAAUUUCCAUGGAAGAACAACUAUCUGGACUCAACCUUCUCAAGGUCCAGCUAAUCUGAUAAGAGAUUCUAGCUGUUGGCAGAAAGAAUAUGAAUGGCGGCAGGAUAUUGCAGUUGCAACUAAGUGGUUGUCUGGUCUGUCUCCGUAUAGGUGGCUUUCAUCAAGGUCUGGUAGUGCCACAAAGUCAAUAUUUGAGGAGAAAUUCCUUUCGCAGCAACUACAGCCUCCAGCUGGGUGGCCAAAUUUUCUCUGUGUAUGCUCUGUAUUCUUAUCAGGAUCUGUUCAGCUCCAUUGGUCACAAUGGCCACCAGAUCAGAGUUGUCAGCCAUCAAAAUGGUUUUGUUCAAGCAAAGGGCUCUUGGGAGCUGGGCCCAGUGGCAUUAUGGCUGCAGAUGCUAUCAUAACAGAUUCUGGAUCCUUGCACGUGGCAGGUGUCCCAAUUGUGAAUCCAUCAACCGUAGUUGUUUGGGAGGUUAUUCCAGGGCCUGGAAAUGAAUUUCAAGCAACUCAGAAGGCAAGCCUGAGCAGUGGGGUUCCACCAUCACUUAAUCCUCCUUCAUGGGAAGGGUUUUCUCCUCUGGCAGCUUAUUUAUUUAGCUGGCAAGAAUUUUUAUCACAAGAAGCAAAACAAGGGAAAGAAUAUACAGAGCUAGACUACAGUGACAUGGUUGUGCUUCAUUGUUCACCAGUUUCCAACUUUUCUGCAUACGUGAGUCCUGAGGCUGCAUCUCAAUCAGCUACUACCACUACAUGGGGUUCCGGUGUCACCGCUGUUGCAUUUGAUCCCACUCGUGGCGGCUACGUGAUAGCUGUUGUGAUUGUUGAGGGACAGUACAUGUCCCCAUAUGAUCCUGAUGAAGGCCCUUCAGUAACAGGAUGGAGAGUUCAACGUUGGGAAUCAUCUGUGGAGGAUGUUGUUCUCCAUCAAAUAUUUGGUAAUCCGACAGCUAACUUUGGUGGACAGGCUCCCAAGCAGACAGUUUGGGUGAGUAAAGUAAACAAAUGCAUUCCAGCACCUACAGAAUUUAAAGGUCCACGAGCAGCUGGAGCUAUACCUGCGUGUGAUGUGCAAAAUUCAUCAGAUCUUGCUGCUGUGAUGCCAAAGAGGGUCUCUUUUGAUCCUUUUGAUCUUCCAAGUGACAUUAGAACCCUUGCACGGAUUGUUUAUUCUGCUCAUGGAGGUGAAAUUGCAGUUGCUUUUUUGUGUGGUGGGGUUAAUGUUUUCUCAGGUCCAAGUUUCACACCUAUUGAUAGCUACCGUAUAAGUGUUGGGCAUGCAAUUCCUGCUCUUGCAUUCUCUUCAACAAGUUGUUGCUCUGCUACUGUUUGGCAUGACAGCAUAAAAGAUUGUUCCAUGUUGAAGAUAAUUCGUGUCCUCCCUCCUGCCGUUCCAAGUAAUCUGGUGAAAUCUAACUCCGCAAUGUGGGAACGUGCAAUUGCGGAGAGGUUUUGGUGGAGUCUUUUAGUUGGAAUUGAUUGGUGGGAUGCUGUUGGGUGUACCCAAAGUGCUGCAGAAGAUGGCAUCGUUUCCUUGAACAGUGUCAUUGCUGUACUGGAUGCAGAUUUUCACUCUCUUCCAUCCACACACCACAGACAACAAUAUGGGCCUAGCCUAGACAGGAUCAAAUGUAGGCUUCUAGAAGGUACAAGUGCUCAAGAAGUCAGGGCUAUGGUUCUUGACAUGCAAGCAAGGUUGUUAUUGGAUAUGCUUGGCAAAGGAAUUGAAUCAGCUUUAAUGAAUCCUUCAGCUUUGGUCCCAGAACCAUGGCAAGCAUCCAGUGACACACUAUUUGGUAUUGAUACUGAAGCAAUGUCUGUUGAUCCAGCUCUAGUUCCAAGCAUACAGGCUUAUGUGGAUGCAAUACUUGAUCUAGCAUCUCAUUUUAUUACAAGGUUACGACGUUAUGCAAGCUUCUGCCGCACAUUAGCCAGUCAUGCUGUUACUGCAGGCACCGGUGGGAGUCGAAAUAUGGUGAGCAGUCCUAUCCAAAGUUCUGCUCCUCCAGCAACAACUCAGGGUGCUCAGGGUGGUCUUCCAAGCUCCUCUGGAAGCACACAGAUGCAUGCAUGGGUCCAGGGAGCCAUAGCAAAGAUUAGUAGCAGCGCGGAGAGUGUUCCAAAUUCAGCCCCAAGCCCAAUUAGUGGUCCAUCAACUCUUAUGCCUAUUAGUAUAAACACUGGGACUUUCCCGGGAACUCCAGCUGUUAGACUUAUUGGGGAUUGCCAUUUUCUUCACCGUUUAUGUCAAUUGUUGCAUUUCUGUUUCUUUUUCCGCCGAACACAAUUGCCCCGCUAUAUCGGAGCUGGUCAGAGGAAUGCUGAUUCUUCUUUGCAAAAAUCUCAGCAGUCCAUUCCUCUUGCCAAACUAGAAGAAGCCAACUCUGCUGCAAAAUCUGCAGCAGGUGGUCAUCUUGGCUCUAUUGGAAAGGUAUCUGAAGAUGCCUUGUCCAACCGAUCCAGGAUUGGUUCUGGCAAUGCUGGACAAGGCUAUACAUAUGACGAGGUUAAGGUUCUCUUUCUUAUCUUAAUGGACCUUUGCCGACGUACAGCAGGCCUGGCACAUCCAUUGCCAGUUUCUCAGGUUGGGAGUAGCAACAUACAGAUCCGCCUUCAUUAUAUAGAUGGGAACUAUACUGUUCUACCCGAAGUUGUAGAAGCUUCCCUUGGACCACAUAUGCAGCAGAAUAUGCCACGGCCAAGAGGUGCAGACGCUGCAGGCCUGUUACUUCGUGAGUUAGAACUCCACCCUCCAUCAGAAGAAUGGCACAGAAGGAAUAUGCACGGUGGACCCUGGUCUGAUCCAGAUGAUGUUAAUGGCUCUUCAGUGGAUAGCUCUACACUUGGCCCAUUUAAAGAUGAUUUCGAGUGUAACCCAUUAAAAGAAUACUGUGAUGCUGUUCACUAUGGUGGACCCCGUCGUUUAUGGCCGAGGAAGCGUAGAAUGUCGGAAAGGGACGCUGCUUUUGGGCUGAAUACUUCAGCUGGUCUCGGUGUGUAUCUUGGCAUUAUGGGGUCUCGCAGGGAUGUGGUUACUGCUAUAUGGAAGACUGGUCUUGAAGGCGUCUGGUACAAGUGCAUAAGGUGUUUAAGGCAGUCUUGCACCUUCACACCGCCGGGGACCACUCUGGGAAAUCCGAGCGACAAGGAGAUCGGGUGGGUCAGCCGGUGGGUGUACGGGUGUCCAAUGUGUGGCGGGUCGUGGGUCCGAGUUGUAUAGAAAGGAUGGUAUGGUAUGGUAUGGUCCCAGCAUUGAACAAAUUUCCAGUUUGAUUACAUUUUAUGAUUAUUUAGUUGAUGUCCUCUCUACUUUCGGGUAGGGGUAAGGUCUGCGUACCCACACAUUUCCCAGACCCUACUUUCGUAGGAUUUUUCUGAGUUGUUAUUUAGUUGAUGUGAACAGUCUACUUCUCAGAAGGGGAAUUUAGUGGCUGUCUCAUGGGGGGGUACCCCUGGGAGGAGGACUUUAGGACUUAUGCAAGGGCUGGGAAGAGUAGUUUGUCCAAGUGUACAGAAUUCAUUAUAUAUUUAUUUCUCAAGUACUGUACAUCUCUUUUACUAGUGCUUUUUACACACUUAUAGAAGUAAUCCAGCUUCCCCGGAUUUGAAGUGGCACUAAAAGCAAUUUCUAACG